AUGUCGAAGAAUAAUGAACGGAAAUUCGAUACCAAUGACCGUCUUGGCAGCGCUGCGCACCUUCACUAUCGAGCUGUCACCUACGUCGUAAGAAAUAAAUCCCGGAAGCCUCCAUUCAUCAGGACCACUUGCCACAAGCAAAACGUAUCGAUGAGUCACAUCAAAGGUAAGAAGCUGCACCUCAUUGACUAAAUCCCUUUCACAACGUGCUCUGGACGACUCGUAGAUAGGCUGUUCGCUGCGGAGUGCCAUCUCUUGCAAUCCUAGAAGCAAUCUUGCGUGUUCGAGUUGUCGUGCUUGGGAUAUUUUCCGUUGAAGACUUUUGAGGUUGAGCAUGUACUAGAUCGCACUACUGUAGGCUCCACAGUUCGAAGUCGGACAAGUCAAGCGUGGACUAAAUGAGCCUCGUGGUACCGACGGCUGCGUAAAUUUUGAAUUUCUUUUCAGAGCAUGAAGAGUUCUGUGUUGAUUUACUGAGGGCCAGUCCUAACAAAGGACUUUCCUCUCGUUUUUCCUUUCCCUCGCCCAGUUUUUAUUGAGUUCUUCACUAAAAUCGGAAGCACAUUGCUGUAGUUUUUACUGUAAUGCCAUCCCAUAGUUCCACUCCUCGGAAAUGGAACAGAGUCUGGACGGUCUGCAGAUCCAUGCAGCAUGGAAGGUACAGCAA